CUUGGGGGCCGCCAUGCUUUUUUUCCCCAGUGGUGACGAAUGUUGAUGUUUUGAAUUACAUCAACCCAAUCAGAGCUGGGAUUGCUCAGUCGCUACCAAUCACAGAAGCAGUUGUUAGGUAGCGUGUCUGUGUGAGGGCAGCUGUCGGCGCUGGAUAGCGGUGGUGAGAUGUUCCGCAGUGCGCUGGGGAAGACCCUGGGCUUCGUGGGAUACACCAUCCAGUAUGGCUGCAUCGCCCACUGUGCCUUUGAGUACAUCGGAGAGUUUGUUGCGUGCUCUGGUCCUUCUAUGGAGCCCACCAUCACAAGCCACGACGUUGUCUUCUCAGAACGGUUGAGUCGCCAUCUCUGCAGAAUCGAGAAUGGUGAUAUAGUCAUCGCUAAGAGUCCAUUUGAUCCACAUAUGAACAUCUGUAAAAGAGUCAUCGGUUUGGAGGGAGACAAAGUCUGCACCAGUGGCCCCUCGGAUGUCUUCAAGACCCACCAAUACGUUCCAAAAGGGCACGUGUGGCUGGAAGGGGAUAAUCUUAGGAAUUCCACAGACUCCAGGAGCUACGGCCCAGUUCCCUAUGCCCUGAUUCGAGGCCGUGUCUGCUUAAAGCUCUGGCCUCUACAUCAUGUUGGUGCCCUCAACCAAAGUCCCACAGGACGAGUCGUAAAAAGGAGUGACUGAGUCUACUGAUCUAUGUACAUGCAUCAUUUUGUAAUAUUUUCUAAUUAAAGGCAUAUUUAUCUUGAA